GAAGGAGAACACUUCAUUCAUUAAUGGUCUGACGGAGCUUACUGCGCCCCGGUACAACUACACACACCGGUGGUGACUCGUCACUCCGCGCAGAAAGAUGGCUGCGGUGGCGCGGACCCCGGUCGGGGAAGGGAUUCGGAUAGUUGUCCUAUGUGUGUUUUGGUACACGGUGAGCUCCGGAGGCAACGUUAUUAACAAAAUAAUCCUCAACGGAUUCCCGUAUCCCGUCACGGUCUCUCUGUUCCACAUCAUCUCUGUUGUCGUCUUCCUCCCGCCGCUGUUGAGGGCAUGGGGAGUCCCCAAAACUGAACUGCCGAGCAGGUACUACCGGUGGUACAUCCUCCCGUUGGCUUUCGGAAAAUACUUCGCGUCCGUUUCGGCUCACUUCAGCAUAUGGAAGGUGCCUGUUUCGUAUGCACACACAGUCAAAGCCACAAUGCCGAUAUGGGUGGUGCUGCUGUCGAGAAUUAUAAUGAGGGAGAAGCAAACUACAAAGGUCUACGUGUCGCUCAUCCCGAUCAUCAGCGGCGUGCUGCUGGCCACCGUCACCGAGCUUUCCUUUGACGUUUCGGGAUUAAUCAGCGCUCUCGCCGCCACGCUCUGCUUCUCCCUGCAGAACAUCUUCUCCAAAAAGGUGCUGCGUGACACAGGUGUGCAUCACCUGAGGCUCCUGAACGUCCUGGGCUUCAAUGCCAUGUUCUUCAUGGUUCCCACCUGGGUCCUGGUGGAUUUCUCUGUGUUUCUUGUGAAUGGGGAUAUGUCGGAUUUUUCGGAAUGGACCGGCACCUUCUUCCUCCUCCUCAUCAGCGGCUUCUGUAAUUUUGCCCAGAACGUCAUCGCUUUCAGUAUUCUGAACCUCGUCAGCCCUCUCAGCUACGCCGUCGCCAACGCCACCAAGAGGAUCAUGGUCAUCAGUAUAUCUUUGCUGAUGUUGCGUAACCCGGUCACGCUCACCAACGUGCUGGGAAUGAUGACGGCCAUUCUCGGGGUCUUCCUCUACAACAAGGCUAAGUACGACGCCAACAGGCAGAAGAAGAAGCUGCCCACCAGCACGCAGGACCUGCUGUCCUUCGACAACCCGAUGCUGGAGAAGACGCAGGCGAACGGGUCGGGGCCUUUCUACGGCUCCGACCAGCAGCAGAACUGGAACAACGUUCUGACCGACCAUUUCCAGUACAGCCGGCAGGCGUACACGGCAAACCACAGCAGCAACCACCAGUUCGUGGUGUAACGGAGGCGCUCGGGCCUCGCAGCAGCGGGUUCCCUCUCCCGCUCCGGACUGAGACUGAAGGCAAGUGCUCUUUGUCCCGGAUUUAAAAAAAAAAAAAAAACGAGACGAGCCGAUUGUGACGUGCCAGAGAAGUUUCCUCUCCCGCGUCCCUCCAUGUCUGGACGGCAUGUUUUUUUACAGCCUUGCUGCUCGUUUUUAUUUAUUAAGAUGCUGAAACUAAAUCAGCAGCUUCAGACAUUUUGACGAGAGACCGAGCCACAAUAUUCAGACACAACAACGUGCCGCAGUUUGAAAACGUCUAGUUUGUCUUCCACAAGUAGCUGCUGGUUGUCGAUAGAAAGAGAGAUGCAGCGAUCCGUCUCUAAAAAAAUGAUUAUUCCCAACAGACGAAAGUCUCUAACUUUCAUCUGAUUUCUACUAAACUCAAAAACAGUGUAUAUACUGUUGGGAGUUCUUAGUUUUGAUUCAUUUUCUCAAAGCUGAUAAAGGAAAAUAGACGUAGCUAAUCGCUGUCAAAUUGAUUGUUGCAUCUCUAAUCUGUAACCUUUCAACCAAAACCCGAAAUCCGUCAUGUUGCAUCUGUAACCAACUUGGGUUUUUACCUUUAGGGUUGUCGUUUUUCUUCUUGAGGCAUUUGUUUUACGUCUUCAGUGAAUAUUCCUCAAAAAAUGGAGGCAGAUUAUAUUUUAGCGUCGACUCUCGUUAUGAUUUAAGCUAAGCUACAUUUACGUUGUUGAAAUGAGCCAUGUACAGCCCAGUUUGGAUUCACACGUUUCCAAGCGUACAGGAACAUUUGAGGUGUUUUUGGUCUAAAUGUGGGUUUUAGUUUCCUGGGUUAAAGUCUUGUUUUCAACAGAUGGUGCUUUUCUCUUCUGUCCCCUAAUUCCUGGCUCAGGUGGUUGGUUACCUGGUCAGGUCAAAAAAAGAAGCCAGGUGUGUUGAAUUUCAGUUCAUCUGCUGUUUAGAACCAGACGUUUUAGUUUCUGAUCAUUUUUUUAUGUUCUUUAUAAACAUGCCUUUAGGAAAAUACUAAAGUGUGGUCCAAAAAUGUUUUCUAAAUAAUGUGGAGCGUUUAGAGGAAAGCGUAUCUUUAACAAACUUUAAUUUCUGAAAGGCUGAAGGUACGAGACGUAAACUCCUUUUGAUUUAUGCCUCCAGCGUCAUUCAUACAAGUGCCUGAUGAAGAAAAAUAACUAAUAAUAAAAAUAAAACAAGGUGUUCUGUUUGUUUUUCAUUGUGUCUGGGCAAACGUUGAUGCUUGUAAAUAUUCCCACAACCAGAAUAGUGUGAGCUGCAUUUUAAAUAAAAAACAAAACCCUGCUGAUCGAUCACAAAGGGAUGUUUGAGAACGCAGCGCGUUUACAGCUUUAAGUGGAGAGUGAGGCCAAAGGUCAGUGACCUCUCACCCAUCUGUCCUGUCCCCCUGUUGAGCAAAGAUGUCACAACUUGUUGUCCAGAUGUGUCGUCGUAAAACGUAGAUCACCGGUUUCUAGAAAGGCCCUGUGAUGUGCCUUUUGGUUUAGCAAAUGUAAAGAAUGAAAACUAAAUUUUAACGGUUAUGGAUGCAGAAAAUAAUUUAAAGUAUUACCCCGUUUCUUUUUUAUAGGUUAUUGGAGUUUAGCACCAGAGUUGGAUUUAUUUUUCCUUAAACCCUGAACUAAAGCUGCUUUGGGAUGUUUUAUGUUACUUUAUUUUUUAUUUUUUCUACGGUAGCCGGCGUCAAUUUUGCACAUUUUAAAACGACAAAAUGUGAUUUUUGUUUAUUGAACUUGGUGCAGAUAUUAGUCACCAAAAGGACUCGCCAUCCAUAAAAAAUGAACUUUUGCUCUUUAAAUUAAUCUGUGCAGGUGGAUCUUAAUAAAUUAAACUAUUAUAAAACAUUUCUGAAUUGAGUUUUUAAUUGGUCUAAUUUUCUAAGAUAUUGAAUUUUGGGUUUUAGUGGAAAACCAAAAUCUACUAAAUUAACCAAAAUGAUUCUGCAUAUAAUGAAUCUUUCCCUGAGUUGAGCUUUGUUAUUAAAAUUAAAUAAUUUUUGUUUUAUGUUUUAAUUUAUUGACAUUCACCUUUCAUAUCGAUCAUUCUUAAGGACUGCAGAUAUUUUUUAUUUUAUAUUUUUGCAGAUUUUUCUUUCGUUUCCUCAGAUAUUUGUUUUAAUUUAUUCUUCAGGUUUGUUACAUGUGUGGCAUUUAACAGACUGAAGUGGAAAGACUCAUUCAGUAAGGAUUCAUGGGUAAUGUAGUUCUUACAAGCUGUUUAGUAAAACUAAAUAUUGGCCAGUAGCACAGAAACACCAGGCAAAAAAUAUCUGUAAUGACAUUUCUGUUCAUGUUUCACAUUUGAGCCGAUGUUUUGUUCAAUUUACUAAAAUCCUAAUUGUUUAAAAUUAAAGCAUAGACUUUCAGAGCAUCAAAAAUCAUGCCUGAAUUGAUUUGUAAUUUGGCCAAAUUAGCAUUUAUGACUUCAAAGAAUUGAACCAGGAAAUAAUUAAAUAUUCACCUCAUCAAGCUGUUGUACUUCAGUGUCCUACAUUUUUUGAUUUGCCAGAUUUCAUCUUCAUUGAAAGUGUACUUUUAGAUCCUCAACACAAAGUACCUCCAGCUUUCUGUCUUUGCAACAAUUUCACCUUUUUCAGGAUCAGUAAUAAAUCAGUUCAACAAUACAGAACACAUAAUCUAGUCAUAAAGAUAUGGUUAAUUAUGUCCAGAGAGAGCUAGGAUGUAAGUGUCACAAAAUAUUAUUAUACAACAGUUUGAUAAUGUCAAAAUUGGGCGAUUAGUCUGACCAAACUCAACAAAACCUAAGAGUGUUCAUCAUUUAUCAAAUUGUGUUUAAUUGCAUCCAAAAUGUUUGGAUGUGAAGGAGGUAUUGGAUUAAUUGGAAAGAAACGACGUCUAUGACGGCAAAAUGCUUAGUUUAUUUUCUUCAUGUUUCUUUGUGUUUUUAACAUUUUGUCUUGGUGCAUCACAGAAUGAAGGCCUUGAUUGCAGGUUGCUGAGAUGUAAAAAGACUGUAUUGUUAUUUUCUUCAUGUAUAUAAACCUACAUGGAAAAUGUAAAAGCAUUUUUUGGCGCUCUGUAAAGCUUUUUUCACUGGGCUGUAAAGGAUAAAGAGUAAUAAGGGGAUAUCUCUUUGUAAAAGUUGUAUACUGAUUAUUUUUGUUGUCUUUAAUGGAUCUCGAAAUAGCAUUUGUAUGUAAACUAUGUUUAUAGAUUUUUAUUUAUGGUGUCAUGGUACAAACUGUACAGAGGUGCUGCAAUGCACAGUCUUGUCUGCUUAUGUUUGGUAAAUAUUUUUAAAUGUUGGGGAGAAUAAAUCAAUUCUGAAAUACU